AUGGCCUCACCCAUCAUCCAGCCAGCUGGUGCUGGAAUACAUGACAUCUUUACUCAGCUUGAGCUCUGGGAGUCAAUAGACAAGGGACUCAGCAUGAUUACUAUUUUACGUGAUAACGAUGUCCUGUGGAAACCGUUUCUCCAGCUUACCCUGUUCAACCAACUCAACAUUGUCAGGAAAGCAUGGAGUGCAACUAUUCAAAAGGCUUCUGAAUCUGACAAGGUUCCUACUCUCAAAGAUGUUUACACGAGUGAAUCUUCUUUUAUUGCUCAAGCACUGUUAGACACCAAGAACUUGCAGAUUACUCCACCCGCAACACCCCGAACAGCCCUCUCGGGAGCUUUGUUGGCAAAGACUAUCGUUAUAUUUCAUCAUUCAGAAAGAGCGCAGGAAGAAUUGGGCACUGAACUGCCAGAGGAAGUCCGAUCUCUGGUCAACCAGAAUGCCAUUUGUCUCAAAGUACUCUACAAUGCCAAUCAAUGGCAUAUUGACCUUCAUUACAAGCGCGAUUCGCUCUCUUCCGCUCAGGCUGGAGAGGUUGCCGAGAUCUUCGAACAAUAUCUGGAAGAGGCUUUGGAAGCAGUUGCGUCGGCUAUCCCACCUUCGCCGCCCGUUGAAGAUGACAAUGCGGGCCAUGGUGGACUAUGCAAGGAACGAACCGAUUGCCCUAAAGUUAAUCGAUGCAUUCAUGAUUUGAUCGAGGAACAGGCCAUCGCGCGACCCGACCAGGAGGGUAUCUGCGCUUAUGAUGGUUCGCUUUCAUAUGCAGGGCUGUCGAAACUCUCUUCGGUGUUGGCUGAACAACUAAAGACUUUCGGAGCGCGCCCUGAGCAGCGGGUCGCUAUCUUAAUGAACAAAUCAUUUUGGUACCCAGUCGUCGUCCUUGCAGUGCUGAAAUCCGGGGCUGCAUUCGUUCCACUCGAUCCCAGCCACCCUAAAAAUAGGUUGAAGCAGCUCAUUAGCGAGAUAGAGCCCUGCGCUCUAAUUACGACUUCGGUUCUUUCCGAAUUGGCAGACGACUUGGGCUGCCCUUCUCUCGCGAUCGACUCCGAUCUCACUCGCAGUAAAGAAGGCUCGACUACAGCAUUACUUCCAAAUACAAGCGCAAGUCCUAACAAUGCUGCCUAUAUUAUCUUUACCUCCGGCAGUACUGGGAAACCGAAAGGAGUGGUCGUUGAGCAUUCUGCUCUCUCCACCAGCGCAAUCACUCGUGGCGUCGUUCUAGGGCUCGGUCCGGACUCCCGUGUCCUCCAGUACGCCCCACAUACCUUCGACGUCAGCGUUGAUGAGAUUCUUACGACUCUGAUCCAUGGCGGAUGUGUCUGCGUUCCUUCCGAGGAUGACAGGUUUUCGAUCGCUCACUUUAUGGAAUCUGCCCGUGUUACGGUUGCCCUGUUGACUCCGACUUCUGCUCGAACUCUCCAUCCCGACGAAGUACCCUCUCUUCGAAUCCUCCAAACUGGCGGAGAGGUUCUUACCGAGGAUGUGAACGACAAAUGGUCAAAUCGUGUGACGCUUUUUAACGUUUAUGGACCUACUGAGGCUAGCGUUGCUUGUGUUAUCAGCAACCGCACUGGCCUGAAAGGGGCUGGUCAUGUUCUUGGACAGGCGGUCGGAGGGAAGCUCUGGAUCGUUGAUCCCGACGAUAUUGAGCGCCAUCUUCCGGACAAUGAAGUUGGCGAAUUGGUUAUCUCAGGAGCAAUAUUAGCCCGUGGAUAUUUUCGCGAUCCGAGCCGCACAGAAAGCUCUUUUGUUAGAAUGCGAAACGGUGAACGGGUUUACCGGACCGGUGACCUGGCGAGUAUGGAUAGCGCUGGGACCAUCAUAUACCACGGCCGCAAGGAUCUGGAAGUCAAGAUCCGCGGUCAGCGAAUCAAUAUCGCGGAGAUUGAGAUCGCUAUCUUGCAAUGCGAUUUAGUUCAUAGUGUUGUCGUCGAGUACCCUCGCUCUGGACUGUUUGAGAAGAAACUCGUCGCUGUUCUACGCUUCGAGGACUCUUCGUCCGACGCUGAAGAUGGAUUAUUUGGCGGGGCCAAGGGAUUAACUGAAGACAUUUAUUGCCUGCUUUUAAGCCAUGUCUCGAGUGUUCUUACUCCAGCGAUGAUCCCAUCGAAAUGGUUGUCGCUUCCCUGCGUACCACAGAUGCCAUCCGGAAAGGCCGAUCGCAAACAAGUUCGUGGUUGGCUUGAAGAUAUGGACAAAAGAACUUAUACUCGCAUUUUCCACCCCAAUGGCACUGAUAAUCUGAUCUCAGAUCCAUCAGACAGCAUGGUAGCGAUUUGGCUCAAAGUCCUCAAAUUAGAGCCGCAGAGUCUCCGCCUUGAUCAAUCUUUCAUCCGUAACGGCGGUGACUCAAUAAUGGCCAUGGAGGCCCGGCACCAGGCGCACGAAGCUGGAAUCAACAUCGACGUUCGGGAGCUCCUGGGUAGCCGUGCACUUCAAGAGAUUGGCGAAAUGGCAACCAAAACUUCAGCCGUAGAAGAGGUCUCAAAGAUAGAGGAUGAUAGGGACGAACCUUUUCCCCUGUCGCCUGUUCAGCAGAUGUACUUCGAUAAGGUAUCUGAUCCCAGUCUUGGUCUUCAGCAACGUGUUUGCGUGGAAAUUAUGACGAAGAUACAGCCUGAUAUGCUGCGCGAGGCAUUGAACCACGUUAUUCAGAAACACCGAAUGUUGGCCGCUCGAUUUACGAAGCACAUGGGACAAUGGAUGCAGCAGGUUCCGUUUGGAAAGAAUCUCAAACACCUGUCUCGCUGUCAUAUCUACAGUCAGGCUGUGGGGUCCCUUGGCGACUUCUGCAGUGAGCCCAUGGCCCUUGAGGAUGGGACGCUACUUCACGCGCAUUUGCAGUCGAGUGGUGAGAGGCAGACACUCGUGCUCUGUGUUCACCACUUGGUCGUCGACUUCGUCUCAUGGCGAGUCAUUCUGCAGGAUCUCCAUGACGCCCUUGCCGCAGCACAGAAUGGUCUUCCUUCUGGCAUUUCUCGCUCGACACUCACAUUCCAGCAGUGGUGCCGUGAGCAGACAAAAUACGCUUCUACUCUGAUUCCCGAGGCCGUUCUUCCCUUCGCGCCGGGCCCAGUCAAUCUUCGUUUCUGGCAGCCGUCGAACGUGCAGGCAGUCUCAAACACGUAUAGCGAGAUUGUUCAGCAUGACUUUCGCCUUUCCUCAACACAAACUACCCAAAUGUUGGAGAAGUUCACCACCGCCACUGUUCAUCCCACAGACCUCAUGCUAGCAACAUUUGCUCUCGCCUUUAAACGAAUAUUUACCGAGCGCGACACCCCUACAAUAUUCAUAGAAGGACACGGUCGCGAGCCUUGGCAUGCCUCUUUAGAUGUCUCGCAGACGGUUGGCUGGUUUACGGCUGCAUUCCCUAUUCAUCUUCCGAAGGACACUCUUUUGAACACCACCACUGCCAUACUUGGAGCAUCCGAGCGCCGCCGAUCUGUUCUUGCUAAUGGUCAUCCAUACUGGGCCUGUCGAUAUCUCUCACCCAACGGGCAGAAAGUGUUCGGAGAUGAUCCCCGCCAUCAGGAAAUGGAGUUUGUCUUCAAUUAUGCAGGUAGCAUUGUGCAGCGCGCACCCGGUCAAACGUUGUUUGCGGAGAAUGUGCGUAUCGCUGAGAUCGGCCAUCCAAACUGCGAACGCUUUUCGCUGUUCGAUAUUGGUGCUGCUAUUGAGAUGCCGAGCUCUGAGCUUGUUGUCUCUUUCACUUUUCCCAAGGGUAUUGCGCACCGUGAGCGUGUUGCGGAACUGGUGAAAACUUACCAGGAGUUGCUCGAAACAGCUGUUGAGCGGGACUUAGAUCUCAGCGCGAAGUUAUCGUCGCCGCUUGUCUGUCCCGCAGACGUUGUUCGUUCGCUCGAGGUAAAUGGUGUUUGCAUUGAGCGCGAUGUCGAGAUCGUUUACACCCCUUCAUCGAUUCAGCAGCAUAUGCUCUGGCGUCAGUCCCAGGAACCAUGGUUCUACCGCGUGCAGGGAGAUUGGACCAUCGAGAAGACCACUACUCAGUCAGAACCUGUCGAUAUAGACCGUCUGUCCCACGCAUGGAACCAGGUUGUUCACCGCCACACUACUCUACGAACUGUGUUCAGGUACAGCAGUGAGGAGGAACGGUUUGUCGCCAUUGUCUUGCAUGAGGUUAAGCCAGCCAUUUCUAUCAUCCGCAAAGGCAUUCAGACCAGCGGCUCCCUCUGCCGUGACGAUGAUCUUUCCCCUCCCCAUCGCAUGGUUCUCCGUGAAAAAGACAAUGGGUCAGUCGUAUGCGAAUUGGAAUUUAGUCAUACCAUUAUAGACGCUGCGUCUCGCUCAAUCGUCGUGCAAGACCUUCUCGAUGCGUACGAUGGAAAGCUGGCCCAUCGUCCCCUGGACUUUCCUCCCUUCUGGGAAUACAUCCGUCUGGCCCAGUCCUCUACCCCUUCAGCCAGGAAGGAAGAGCUACAUCGUGCUGGCCGCGUUGUCACCCUUCCUUUUCAACCAACCCAUGUUCUUUCGAAAGUCCCCGAAGCGUGCAAGAAGAACGAAAUUACCAUCUCAAGUUUCUUCAUGACCGCUUGGAGCAUCGUGCUAGCUAAACACUUUGUCGCCCACAACCAGAGGGUCGACAGCACUUCGAGCCAAGCCGUAGCGUUUGACUAUGUGCUCUCCGACCGCUCCGCCAACAUUCCGGGUAUUGAAAGUGCUGUUGGCCCCUACAUCCGUCUCCCAACUCUUGAAACCCAUGUGAAGGAGGGCGUAUCGCUCAAAAACAUUGCCCGGGGCUUGCACGCGCAGUGCACGUUCCAGUCUCUGUCCCAGUCGACUCAAGACGGGUCAAGUCUUGAGCUUCCGAGCAAGGCUACUGCACUGCAAAAGUACUCCACGCUGGUGAACAUCCGCAACAGUGGCUCCGACAGUCUGGACUUGGUCUCGGACUCUGGUGAGUGGAAGUGGAUCCUGCAAGGGUUUAGUGAUCCAUGGGACUAUGAUCUCGUUUUUGCGGUGAAUGUGCAUGCCGGAAAGGUCACGGGUUGGACAGUUGAGUAUGCUGACGGUGUUGUCGAGCAUUCUGCUGCCGAUGAAAUCGCGAAGGACCUGAAUGAUGUUGUUGAGCGCAUGGUGUGUGAAAUCAUUUGA